UUCGACCAACUUAACACACAAGAAAUUAACAAAAGCAUUUAUUGAUUUGUGUGAUCUUGAUUCGAUUAUCGUUAUAGAAGGAUGAGGAAAGAGACGGUGGUGGUGGUGAGCACAACGCUUGCGGUGGUGGUAGUAGGGGCGUUGAUCAGAAGUUGGAAGCGGUGGAAAGAACAACAGCUGAAGCAAACGAAGAACAUCAUUCGAAAGUUUGCUAGGGAAAGUGCCACUCCGGUAACAAAGCUUUGGCAGGUUGCUGAUGACUUGGUGUCUAGCAUGAAAAUCUCUCUUGCUUCUUCCGGUGAAACCCCUACUCUCAACAUGAAAAUUUCCAACGUUACAUCCCUCCCUCAAGGAGACGAGGAAGGGUUUUAUUAUGGGGUUAAUUUGCAAGGAAAGCAUUUGUUGAUGUUGUGCGCGCGGCUAGGAGGAAAGAAUAUGCCUGUCUCUGCGUUACAAAGAGAAGAGAUUUCCAUCCCCGAUGCUGUCUUGGCUGGUACUUCUGAGGAAAUAACAGACUAUGUAGCUACAGAGAUAGCUAAGUUCGUAUCGGGGCAUCCUGAGAUUGAGGAGAGUGCAGGCGCCAAAAAGAAGAAAAUGGGCUUCACCUUGUCAUAUCCAGUGGACGAAGUUAUGCCUUUCGCGGCUACCACAUUUCAACGGAAAGGCUCAAACGACCCAGUUCGCAAAGGAAUGGUUAAAGACCUUAAUCGAGCGUUGACGAACCAUGGAAUGAAAAUGCACGUUUCUUCACUGGUUGAUGAAACUAUCGGAGGUUUGGCCGGUGGAAGAUACUAUAACACAGAGAGUGUGGCUGCAAUUACCCUUGGCAUGAGCACAAAUGCUGCUUACGUAGAACCAGCAGAGGAAGUUGCUAAUGAACUUACACAAUCUCCCAAUUCAAGUGAACUGGUAAUAAGCAUGGAAUGGGGAAAUUUCAGUUCCCCUCGUCUUCCUUUAACAUCAUAUGAUGCUAGUGUAGAUGCUGAAAGCUCAAAUCCUGGUAGUGGGACUUUCGAAAAGCUUAUUUCAGGGAUGUAUUUGGGAGAAGUUGUGAGACACGUCUUGUUGAAGUUGGCCAAGGAAACAGCCUUAUUUGGAAGCAGUGUGCCUCCAAAGUUAAUGACUCCAUACUUACUAAGAUCCUUUGAUAUGGCUGCUAUGCAUCAAGAUACAUCAGAGGAUCGUGAAAUAGUGGGUGAGAAACUGAGAGAGGUUUUCGAGAUCGGUAGUUGCAGCCCGAUGGCACGUGAAGUGGUGGCCGAGGUGUGUGACAUAGUAACAGAGCGCGGUGCACGCUUAGCGGGAGCAGGAAUUGUGGGGAUAAUAAAGAAGCUUGGGAGAAUUGAGAAUAGAAAGNNNGUGGUGACAGUGGAAGGUGGGCUUUAUGAGCAUUAUCGUAUUUUCAGAAACUAUCUUCAUAGUAGUGUCUGGGAAAUGCUUGGCAAUGAUCUCUCAGACAAUGUCAUCGUUGAACAUUCCCAUGGUGGCUCUGGAACUGGAGCUUUGUUCCUUGCUGCUGCUCACACUUACGCACAUCAUGGGGAUUCUUGACCCCUCUAUAUCUUUUAAUUUCUAUUCUUUUUGGCUUGCUUUUUUUUAACAACAAAUAUACAUCAUCAUGCUUGGACUCCACAAUGGGAUUCAUUGUUACUGUAUCGGUUUAGCCUCUAUUCAACACACAAAAAAGAAAGACGUGGAAAUGUUA